AUUAAAUUAAUUAAACGCGUACUGUUCAAGCCGGCAGGUAAUUGCUUGCUACAGUUGUGUCGCGCCUAUCCAUUGUCUUAACGAAUUUUCUCACGCUUAAUGCUGGGUGCGCACCACGCGUAGAUGAUCUCGGCGCAAGUUCACACACGCAAGUGCUUCAACGUUCAACUUGAAAUGCAAUCGUUCCUGGUUAACUGAUUACCAGGAAUGAGUUAGAAGUCAUGAUCAAGUUUGAGCAAAGGAACAGGGAAAAACAAUCCUACACAGUCUGAAUCAUCCUCGAAUUCAGUUGCAAUCGAACCUUCCAAGCAGUCAAAAUGUUCGCGUUCGUCUAUCUGAAAUUCGCGAUCACAGUUCUAAGCUUCUCUGUGCUUCUGGUGGAAUCAACUCCGCGAAGAAAUCCGCGCUACCGCCCUCCAAAGCCGCGGUUCGAAGUGUUCAACCCGAAAGGUCUAAUCGCGUGGAUACCGGCCGAAUCAGGUAUCACUCUGUUCACAUUUCACGCUAAGUUGAACAAACGUUUCGAAGAUGAGUACGAAGUUGGGCGGUGGGCAAAAUCCGUGUCCCAGCCGCGUAACGGUCGGUUCACGUUCGUGGAUCGAAAAGCGGAACUCCAACCGGGGGAUGUUAUCUACUACAAAACGGUGAUUACGCACAACGGUGUGACGUAUCGUGGGAACUACGGAAACUAUGAGAUCACACGGUUCACAGGGAACACUCCGGGAAGUGAUGGGGGAGGUAGGAAAACUACCACAACUAGCACGUUGCCUCCGUUUGUGUACAAGAAUAAUGAGAGAAGGACGAAGGGAGUAGACCAGGAUACUUACGUUCCUAUGGGUCCUUUCGAUUACGAGUCCAAGGAACUCGCUUCACCUCCGUUGAUUAGGACUAGAACGAUAUCGACGCAGACCAGUGCAGAAGAGUUAGAUUAUAAAGAGUGUGAUAGGGCUCGGACCGAAGUGAAUGGUAGAAAAGUGUGUGGUGGUAAGCUGAUCUUCGAAGAAACGUUCGAUUCUAAGGAGCUGAAUGGACAGAAAUGGCGCAUCGAGAAUCGCUUCGCUUCGGAUCCCGAUAACGAGUUUGUGGUCUACGCCGAUUUCAAGGAGAACAUCCAGAUCCGCAACGGCAAACUUAACAUCAGACCGUCCUUGUUCGAGAGCAAAUUUGGUCCGGGGUCAACCAACACGAAGUUCAUGUUUGCUUCUGAGUGCACGGGACUGCUGAAUUCUCGCGAUUGCAUCAGAGACCGGAAGAUUGAUUUCGACAUGAUUCCCCCGGUGCUUUCGGCGCAAAUCUCCACCUACAACUCAUUCAAGUUUCUGUAUGGGAAAAUAUUGAUUCGAGCGAAACUUCCGAGGGGAGAUUGGAUUUUUCCACAGUUGUAUCUCAAACCCAGCAACCAGUUUUAUGGCCAGGACGAGUACGCGUCGGGGUUGAUGCGCGUGGCCUAUGCCCCAGGUGGUCCAAAACUGCGAAAUCAGCUGUCCGGAGGACUGAUUUUGAACCAUGCAGAACCCCUUCGUUGUUCCAAGAUGUGCACCUUGACGAGACCCUACAACUGGAACGAUGAAUUCCACGUGUUCGGUCUCACGUGGACUCCGGACGGGAUCUACAUGGAAGUGGACGAAGAAGUAUACUGUCACGUCGAUCCGGAAGAGGGCUUCUACCAUGAGGUCAAAGCUACGAAACCGCAAAUUGCGAACCUCUGGAGGCUGGGCGGCAAUCGAAUGGCUCCCUUCGAUAAGGAGUUCUUCAUCAGUUUGGGCGUCGGCGUCGGAGGUCACUACGACUUCCAUCUGUUUCAGGACAAACCGUGGAAGGAUUUGUCUGUCAAGGCAAUGCACACGUUUUGGAGCGCGCGGGGAAAUUGGUACCCUACGUGGAACAGUAAUAGCACUUUACAGGUUGACUAUGUUAGGGUGUAUGCGAUAUGAUGAAUUUUCAAUUUUAACUACAUAUUGAUAACUUCUAUCGGAGGCAAAGUUAGUCAUUUGUUU